AUGACGAAAAUCAACAAGAAGAACCAUCUCAAUCUCCUCAGGGGUCACAAGGUGUUUCUUUCUCAAGAGGAAAAUCAGGAAGCAGACGACCACCCAGAACAGUCAGGUAUGUCUCUCUCUCCUUCUCCUUCAAUCAUAGACACCACCACCUCCGAACUCAACCCACCUCCUCUCACCUCAUCCCCCAACCCACGUCGACGACCCAACAAGCGAAAGAAGGGUAGUGUGAAAAAACAACAAGCAAUUGAAAAGAAACUCCAGACCCUAAGUGAAAACCUAAAACCCAUUCCGUUUGUACCCUCCAAAACCCUAGAUGUUUUUAAACACGAGAAACUUCUGAAGCGACUCGGUUUGUGGGACUUUGUCCACAUCGAAUUCGAUCGGAACAUUCGUGUUGACCUCCUUGUGCAAUUGAUUGCGAAUUAUGACCCAAAAUUGCGGUAUAGUUAUGUGAAUGGCUUUAGAAUAGCAGUGAAUAGGGCCGAUAUGGCGCGGAUCUUUAAAUUGCCUGUGAAAAAGAAAAAGGACAAGAAGGGUAGUAGUGUUUCAUCGUCAGAGGCAGUAGUGGAUUUGGAUUCGGAUUCGGAUUUAGAGGAAUCGAUAUCGUUCAUUGCGGAUUUUGUGUCAAACUGGGUGCUUUUGCACGAGGAUACUUGGAUGAUGCCAACAGAUGUCUUGAGCUGGACACGGGCAAUCAGAGACAGGCAUCCUGAGAAGGUGGAUUGGGCGAGUUUGAUUUGGUGUAUGGUGGAGAAGGAAUUGGUGCAGGGGCAACACUUGGAAUAUUGUUACUACGCUUCACACUUGCAGUAUUUGAUAAAGUCGCAGCGUGAGGAGACUCUGGGAGUAGAGCCUAAGGAUGGCGGUGAUGUGAAGAUUGGUGCUUCUGAUAAUUAUCUGGGACAAGAAGAUGUCAUAUUGGAGGAACCCGAUAUUGAAUUGACUUUGGGGCAAGAUAAUGUUGAAAAGGAAGAACAACUCAAGGAGGAUGAGGAAUUGAUGGAUGUUGAGGAAUGCAAGGAGCAACAACACGGACAUUGGCUUUUAGAUGGAAAGAACAAUGAAGGCAAGCACUUUUUGCAGCACUGUAGUUUAGAAGAAGGUAGUAGGGGUUUGGAUAGUCAUUGGGAGGGGAAACAGGAAGAUGAAGAAGUGGAAGUACAUGGGGGGGAUGGAUUUGAUCUCAUGCCAAAUGCUGAUGCUCUAGAUGGGGAUGGCUUGACUGGCAAUACGAGGUUGUUGAGGACUGAUGGCUCGUGGGAUCAGAAAUCAUCUGAUUUUGGGAUGUGCAUGGAGCAAGUGCAGCAGUGGAUGGGAAAAGCUAGGAUGAUGUAUAAGGUGAAGGAACAGGCUUGCGAGGAAUCAAAUAUGAAGCAGCAGUACUUACUUAAUGAGCUGCAGCAACGGGAGGGUGUGAUUGAACACUUGCACAAGGUCAAGGUGGCAGAGAUUAAGAAAAGAGACAGAGAGAUAUCACGGCUUGAACAUGAUCUUUAUUUAAUGGGCAAUCUUUUAAAGGGCUACAGGAUGGCUUUAAAGGAAACCCACAAGUCAUUCUCUGAGUAUAGACAACGCUGUCAACUUCCUGAAGAACCACUUUAUGAGGAUGCUGGUCCUGGUGGUGUCAUGUUCAGCACCAUGGAACUGGAGAAACGUCAGAAACGAGAAGAAGAAGAGAGGGUGAUGAUUGAAGGAAAGAUAAUGGAAUUUGAAGCGGAGUCUAUCGAUAAACUGAAAGCACAUUUAGACAUGGUCUGCAUGCUGGAUGAGAGGUUGAAGGAUCUUUCGAAUGAAGUGAAACUACUUCAGGAACUGUCUGCAAAGAACAAAGUAUCAGAAACAUCAGGAUUUGCUCCUGACGAAUGA